AUGUACAGAACCAUAUACAGUUGGCAUAAUAACAGUGAUACUGCUUCGAAAGAUAACUCUCACGAUAAAAGCGGUCCUUUAUUAAAGGAAAUGAUGACAGAAGCCAAGUAUAUCGUUAAAAAACAAGCCAUUGUACCAGACGAAAUUCAUGACAUUCGUAAAAUAGUUGAAUCUUGGUCGGACCAAGAAUCACUUAAUGUCAUUAUUUUGACAGGUGGUACCGGCUUUUCAGAAAGAGACGUUACUCCUGAAGCAAUUAAACCUCUUUUGACAAAGGAAACAAAUGGUAUUACACAUCUUCUGCUACAAGCCUCUUUAACGGUGACACCUUUUGCGGCUCUUUCGCGUCCUGUUUCAGGUAUUCGUGGCAAAUCUUUUAUUAUUACCUUACCAGGAAGCCCGAAGGCAUGUAAAGAGAAUAUGGACGCAGUUUUAAAGGUUUUACCUCAUGCUCUUGAUUUGUUAUUGGGUCGCUCUGUGAAAAAGAUGCAUAAUAAGAUACAAAACCAGCAAACAGAUGAUAGUUCAAAGGAAUCAGCUACUAGUAACUUCCAUCAUCAUCAUACUUGUAUUCAUCGACACGAUAGAGAGGGUCAUCCAAGUCAAACUGGAUCCUCUGCUUCAUUAAAUACGCCUGUCUCAGGACGUGCUCGUUCUUCACCUUAUCCUUUGAUUUCUGUAGAAAAAGCACAUGAAAUUAUUGCUAAGCAUUCAACACCACUUAACGUAAUCACAACUCCUGUAUCUCAGUUUUUAAUUGGUUAUGUACUUGCUGAAGACGUACAAGCUCUUGAGCCUGUACCAGGAUAUCGUGCUUCUACUGUAGAUGGUUAUGCUGUGCAUGUGGAAGAUGGACCAGGUGUUUAUCCAAUUGAAUCCGUUUCACUUGCUCAAACCAAUGAUGAGCCUACCAAGGUAUUGAGUAAAGGAAAAAUCGCUCGUGUUGCUACAGGUGGUAUGGUCCCUGAAGGAGCUAAUGCUGUUAUUAUGGUAGAGGAUACUACUCUCGUCAAGACAACUCCUUCAGGUGAUGAAGAACUCGAAGUUCAGAUUCUUACUAAAGCCCAUCCUGGUGAAAAUAUCCGUGAAAUAGGCUUCGACUGUCCUCUUGGACAGAUAGUUGCUAAGCGUGGUCAACGUAUUGGCUGCAACGAAUUAGGUCUUUUGGCCUCUGUUGGCGUUCGACAUGUUAAAGUCUACCGAAAGCCUCGCAUUGGUAUUUUAUCCUCUGGUAAUGAAGUUAUGGAUCAUCUUCAAACGAAUACACUAAAGCCAGGUCAAAUUCGGGAUACAAAUCGUAUGACACUUUUAGCAGCUGUACAAUCCGCUGGUUUUGAAGCUGUUGAUUUAGGUAUUAUGAACGACAAAGUGGAUGAGAUUAUUGAACAUCUUCAAGAUGCAGUUGAAAAGGUAGACGUCUUGAUCACUACAGGAGGUGUUUCGAUGGGUGAGGCAGAUUUUAUAAAACCCAUUUUGGAACAAAAGUUGAAUGCUACAAUUCAUUUUGGCCGCGUUAUGAUGAAGCCCGGAAAACCCACUACAUUUGCUACUAUUCCUCAUUCUCGUUCCUCCAAGUUAAUAUUUGCAUUACCCGGUAAUCCUGUCUCUUCAACUGUGAGCUUUUAUCUGUUCGUCUUGCCUGCAUUACGACGCAUGGCAGGCUGGAAUAAGCCAGAGAAUUUGGUUAUACCUAUUGAAGUCAAUUAUUCAAUUCAACUCGAUCCCCGUCCUGAAUUCCAGCGUGUACAUAUCUCUAUGAAUGCUGAAGGUCAAUUAGUAGCUGAGUCUACAGGAAAACAACAAAGUAGUCGUAUGAUGAGUAUGGCCGAGGCAAAUGGUCUGUUGCAAUUACCCAUGGCAACUCCUGACAUGAAUAAAAUUGUUGAAGGAACCAAAGUACCAUGUAUUUUGAUUGGAAACCUUAAUUAA